AUGAGCAAUAAACGGCCUCUUGCGGUGGGCAAUAUCCCCAACGAAGUCGGGUCCGCGGCGCGACUGAACACAGCGUCACGCUCAAAGACACCUGACGCUCGCAUCCAGCAGCUCAUCGAUCAGAUCAACGAGCAUGGCUACGCCAUCAUGCCAGACGCCUUCCCCCCCUCGAUCGUCGCCGAGGCCAAGGCUGAGGUCGCGCGGCUGAUGGCGGAUCCCGAGAUGGUCGGGCCGGCGGGCGAAAUGGGCCGCAACACGUUUGAAGGGCUCAAGACGCAGCGGCUGUACGCGCUGGCGAACAAGUCGCGCGUGUUUGACGCCUUUGCGCUGCAUGAGGACGUGCUUGCGCUGAACGAUUACUUUUUGGAUCCGGGGUAUUUGGUGAAUUCGUUUCAGAGCAUUAAUAUCUUGCCGGGGGAGAGUGCGCAGACGCUGCAUUACGAUCAUGGGUAUGUGACGAUGGAGAGGCCUCAUAAAGCGGUUGGGACGGGUGUCAUGAUUGCGCUGGAUGAUUAUAAAGCUGAUAACGGCGCAACUGUCAUUGUUCCAGAUUCUCAUUUAUGGGAUUCCCACCGCGUGCCUUUGGCCGAGGAGACGAUUCCUGUCAUUAUGCCGGCCGGCAGCAUGCUCUUCUUCCUCAGCACGCUGUGGCACGGCGGCGGCGCGAAUACAAGCGACGAGAGCAGGUUGGCACUGACGGCGCAGUACUGCCAGCCGUGGAUCCGGCCGAUGGAGAAUCAGAUCCUGGCGGUGGACUGGGAGAAGCUGGACGAGAUUCCGGAGAGGUUGGUGGACAUGCUGGGGUAUAAAGUCGGGAACCCGUUUCUUGGGUUUGUGGAUGGGGGGAGUCCGAGGGCGGCCGUGGCGAGGCUGUUGAGGAAGUAUAAGGGGAUUGCUGAGGCGAAGCUGUGA